GGAGCAGACGGUGGCCCACAGGGGACAAGACGACUGCGCAGCGAAGGCGGCGGCCGCGCGGGCUUCGGUUGCGGCUGUGGGCGAAAGGCUGCGGGGAGAUGGCGGCGGCGGCGCUGGCGGCGGUGGACAGGAGCCGGCUGCUCCUGCGGCUGAGGAAAUGGGUUUGGAAGCAGAGACCCAUGAAGUAUGCAACAACUCCAGGAAGAAACAUUACCAAGGUCCUCAUUGCAAACAGAGGUGAAAUUGCCUGCAGGGUGAUACGAACAGCCAAAAAAAUGGGUGUGCAGUCCGUGGCUGUUUACAGUGAGGCUGACAGGAAUUCCAUGCAUGUAGAUAUGGCAGAUGAAGCAUAUUGCAUUGGCCCAGCUCCAUCUCAGCAGAGCUACCUCUCUAUGGAGAAGAUCAUUCAGGUGGCUAAGAGCUCUGCUGCACAGGCCAUUCAUCCAGGAUAUGGUUUUCUUUCAGAAAAUAUGGAAUUUGCUGAACUUUGUACACAAGAAGGAAUUAUAUUUAUAGGUCCUCCUUCAUCUGCAAUUAGAGACAUGGGUAUAAAGAGCACAUCCAAGUCCAUCAUGGCUGCUGCUGGAGUGCCUGUUGUAGAAGGUUACCAUGGCGAGGACCAGUCUGACCGGUGCCUGAAAGAGCACGCAGGGAGAAUCGGUUAUCCUGUCAUGAUUAAAGCCGUCCGAGGAGGAGGAGGAAAAGGCAUGAGGAUUAUUAGAUCAGAAAAAGAAUUUCAAGAGCAAUUGGAAUCAGCCCGGAGAGAAGCGAAGAAGUCUUUCAAUGAUGAUGCUAUGCUGAUCGAGAAGUUCGUGGACACACCAAGGCAUGUGGAAGUGCAGGUGUUUGGUGAUCACCACGGCAAUGCAGUCUACUUGUUUGAAAGAGACUGUAGUGUGCAGAGGCGCCAUCAAAAGAUCAUUGAGGAGGCCCCAGCGCCUGGUAUUAAACCUGAAGUAAGGAAGAAGCUUGGAGAAGCUGCAGUCAGAGCUGCUAAGGCCGUAAAUUAUGUUGGAGCAGGAACUGUGGAAUUUAUUAUGGACUCAAAGCAUAAUUUUUACUUCAUGGAGAUGAAUACAAGGCUGCAAGUAGAGCACCCUGUUACUGAGAUGAUCACAGGGACUGACUUGGUGGAGUGGCAGCUGAGGAUUGCAGCAGGAGAAAAGAUUCCUUUGAACCAGGAAGAAAUACUUCUUCAGGGCCAUGCCUUUGAAGCCAGAAUAUAUGCGGAAGAUCCUAACAAUAACUUCAUGCCAGGAGCUGGACCAUUGGUGCAUCUCUCUACCCCUUGGGCAGACCUGUCCACGAGGAUUGAAACUGGAGUACGGCAAGGAGAUGAAGUCUCAGUGCAUUACGACCCCAUGAUUGCAAAGCUUGUCGUAUGGGCUGCAGAUCGCCAGGCAGCCUUGUCAAAACUGAGAUACAGCCUUCAUCAGUACAACAUUGUCGGGCUGCGCACCAACAUUGACUUCCUUCUCCGCCUGUCUGGCCACCCAGAGUUCGAAGCUGGGAAUGUGCACACUGAUUUCAUCUCCCAGUAUCACAAGGCCCUGCUGCCCGGUUGCAGUGCCAUUGCCAAAGAGUCCAUGUGCCAGGCAGCCCUAGGGCUUAUCCUCAAGGAGAAGGCUGUGACUGAUGCUUUCAGACUUCACGAGCAAGAUAAGUUCUCUCCAUUUUCAUUCAGCAGUGGAAGAAGACUGAAUAUCUGUUAUACCAGAAAUAUGACUCUUAGAGAUGGUAAAAAUGACGUAGCCAUAGCCGUGACAUAUAACCACGAUGGGUCAUACGACAUGCAGAUUGGAGACAAGACCUUUCGAGUCCUUGGUGAUCUUUCCAGUGAGGGAGGCUGUACUUACCUGAAGUCUUCUGUCAAUGGAGUAUCCAGUAAAGUCAAGCUGGUUAUCCUCAACAACACCAUCUACCUGUUUUCCAUGGAUGGCAGUGUUGAAGUUAACAUUCCAGUACCCAGGUACUUGUCUCCAGUAAGAUCAGGAGCUCAGGGCGGCAUGAUCGCACCUAUGACUGGAACCAUUGAAAAGGUGUUUGUGAAGGCUGGAGACAAAGUGAAGGCCGGAGACUCUCUGAUGGUUAUGAUUGCCAUGAAGAUGGAGCAUACCAUAAAAGCUCCAAAAGAUGGCACAGUAAAAAAGGUGUUCUUCAAAGAAGGGUCCCAGGCCAACAGACACGCGGCGUUAGUGGAAUUUGAGAAGGAAGAAUCUGAGAAAUUAGGAUCCGAAUGAACUGUCCAUCAAAGAGGUGGCCACGUGCACAGUAUCUUGGAUGAGUAGAGCAGGCACCUCCGCAUCUCUAAGGGAUCUCACUCACACAGAGGAAUUUCAUUAAGUAAACGAUGGUGUGGUUGACCACGUGCACAGUAUCUUGGAUGAGUAGAGCAGGCACCUCCGCAUCUCUAAGGGAUCUCACUCACACAGAGGAAUUUCAUUAAGUAAACGAUGGUGUGGUUGACCACGUGCACAGUAUCUUGGAUGAGUAGAGCAGGCACCUCCGCAUCUCUAAGGGAUCUCACUCACACAGAGGAAUUUCAUUAAGUAAACGAUGGUGUGGUUGACCACGUGCACAGUAUCUUGGAUGAGUAGAGCAGGCACCUCCGCAUCUCUAAGGGAUCUCACUCACACAGAGGAAUUUCAUUAAGUAAACGAUGGUGUGGUUGACCACGUGCACAGUAUCUUGGAUGAGUAGAGCAGGCACCUCCGCAUCUCUAAGGGAUCUCACUCACACAGAGGAAUUUCAUUAAGUAAACGAUGGUGUGGUUGACCACGUGCACAGUAUCUUGGAUGAGUAGAGCAGGCACCUCCGCAUCUCUAAGGGAUCUCACUCACACAGAGGAAUUUCAUUAAGUAAACGAUGGUGUGGUUGACCACGUGCACAGUAUCUUGGAUGAGUAGAGCAGGCACCUCCGCAUCUCUAAGGGAUCUCACACAGAGGACUUUUAUUAAAUAAAUGAUGAUGUGAUUGUGCCUAAAACCUUUUAGUAUUUACAAAUCAUGACCUUGGGUCACAAGGUCAUUAUCUUUUCACACUAAUAAAAUUGAAUUGUACUUUUUA